AUGUCCAUCCUGCCGAUGCUCCCUCCUCGUCUCAUCAGACAGACGGAUCUCAGGUCAUCUGCAGCUGCAGCAAAGGAGAAGCAGGAAAGAUGGCGAUCAUCCAUUAGACCGACCGGGCGCACGCAUGAGACACUGGCAGGGCAACUUUCGGGAGGAUCGAGGAUCGAGGAGAAGCUUGAAACCAUACCGUGGAGGCUUUGGUCGCUCAUGCGUCUUGCGAGAACCUCGCCGGCGCUGGGGACGCGGUGUCGGGGAGAGCGCACCGGGGCGCACCGGGGGCGCACCAAAACCCCGGUGCGCGUCCUGGCCCUGAUCGGGGCUCCAGACCGGGUCCUGGACCAAGGAAAAAAGAAAAAAACCCGAGGUCAACCAGGUCUUCUCAGCAUUCUCACAUUUGGUCUCCUGAGCCGCUCUGGUUUGUUGUCAAAGUAUGUCAUGAACCACCAGGGCUUUCACCAUAAAAUGGAGGAAGCAGGAGCAGAUGUGUCUCCAAAGGCAGGAGCCCUGGAGCAAGGCAGCCCCAGCCAGACCCCCUCACACCAGAACAAAGAUCCGUCGUACUUGGAGCCGCCGGACGUUCGUCAGCAGCUCAGCCAUUACAAGCUGGCCUCCCACUGCCAGACGACCUGCAGCUCCAAGCUGGGCGGCUCGGCGCCGGCCGACGGCCGUCCCGACGGCGUCCUCACCUGUGAGUUCUGUGAAUUCAGCUCCGGAUACAUGCAAAGCCUGCGCCGGCACUAUAGGGACCGCCACGGCGGCAAGAAGCUCUUCAAAUGCAAAGACUGCUCCUUUUUCAGCUGCUGCAGGAACACCUUCACCAUGCACGUGGAGGCCGGACACAACAACAGCCCACCUCAGGAGCUUCUCAAGGACCUGCGCUGCCCGCUCUGCCUCUACCACACCAGACACAAGAGCAACAUGAUCGACCACAUCGUGCUGCACAGAGAGGAGCGCGUGGCUCCGCUGGAGGUCAGCCGCUCCAAGCUGUCCCGCCACCUCCAGGGUUUGGUGUUUCGCUGCCACAAGUGCACGUUCACCUGCUCCAGCGACCAGAGCCUGCAGAUGCACCUGCAGAAGCACGAGGAGGUGAAGCCCUACCAGUGCCAGCUCUGCUACUACGACAGCAGCCGCCGCAGCCAGCUGGAGGAGCACCUUCGCCUGGAGCACAAGGUCCUCCGUAACUUUGAGCUGAUGGGCCGGGUCAACCUGGACAAGCUGGAGAAGGUGAAGGAACAAGAGAGCAGCACGGAGGAGGACGAGGAGAGAGACGUGAAAGAGAUGCUGGUGGAGGGACAGGCCGCUCUGCAGGAGGAAGAGGAGGAGGAGGAGGAGGAGGAGGAGGAUAUUGACGAGGCAGAGGAGAUGGAGGACGAUGACAAAGCCAUGGUGAUGCUGGAGAACAUGGAGGAGAACCAGAGAGAACUGGACGGUGGAUUUAUGGAGGAAAACAUCCAAGAGCAAGAGGAUGAGGGGGAGGAGGAGGAAGAGGAGGAGGAGGAAGAGCGGGAGGAGGAGGGGAAGGAUGUGGUGGAAGAAGAGAAGCCCGCCCUGCAAGAAGUCCUUGCGUCCCCCAGCAGCAGCACCGGGUCGGGGCCGAGCGGCGGAGGGAAGCGUCUUCCCUGCGAGUUCUGCGGCCGCUGCUUCACCAACAGCCUGGAGUGGGAGCGGCACGUCCUGCGACACGGCAUGGUGGUCGGCAGCAACCGCCAGGACGCCAGCUCCACCUCCGCCGAGGCCUCGGCUCCGUCCUCCACCGGCUCCUCGGUGUUCCCCGACACCGGCAGCAACGCGGAGGAAGGAAACGGCGCCGACCAGUCGCCCGGCGCGGAGGACAAAGACACGCUCGACGCCAAAACGGACGAGCAGUUCGGUUGAACCGACUCCAAUCGGAGUCGGAAAAGAAAAAACAUCAAAGCAAAACCAAGAGGCUGAACCUUAAAGAAAAGCGACUUUUUUUCUGAGUUGGUGCAUUAGUAGAUUUUAGGUGUUACAUAUAUAAGUAUUAGGUUGUGCUGCAUUAAACGGCUGAGCUCUUGAAAUGGACAGUCCCCUAGGACAGAUCUUAAUAUAUUGGUAACCAAUAGUGAACAGAACUCUUUAUUGCUGACAUUCUGGUCAAAUCUACAGUGAAAGAUCCAACCUAGAUAAAAAAAAAACUAAGCUAUUUGUAAAAAAUAUUGUCCAAAACUAUUAACUAAAUUCAACAUUUUAUUAUUUGAAGCACCUUUGACUGUAACGCCGCCCUGCUCAUCCAGAAACAGGGCUUCUGUGAAUUUACUUCAAGCAAACAAGGUAUGGAAGCAUUUACAACACCGGCUCGCUUGGAGAGCUAGCUACCGUUUCUUUGGACUUUUUCUAAUUUUAUUUUCCCGCCAUUUUUCUUCUGUUGAAUCUGUGGAGUUAUUCUCGAGGGAAGAGUCGCACCUUAUCUGGUCAAGAAAAACCACAAAAUCACUGUUAAAAUUAGCCCCGGUUCGUCCCGCGUGAGCUCUUUCCGCCGGUGACGUCGUCCUCACCGUUCACCCGGUGAACAAUGGCUCCCUUUUAUGGAGCCAAAUCAAGGCCAAAAGUUUUGCUAAUUUGAAAAUAAAAUUUGAACCUGAAAAUUCUUUUUUACAGUUUAAAUUUUAUUUUUUUCAGU